AUGUCUACAUCAACUACAACAGGAUCAAGGAGAAGGAGUGCAAGGGAUGAUCAACAAGAUGACAAUGAUGAUGUGUGGUCUGAAGAGGAGGUAGAAGAAGAGAAUAGAGACAAGGUUGGUGAGACAUCCACACAACCAUUGCUCGACACAAGAAUGUUGCAUAAAGUAAUGAGAGAUACAGCAAAGAUAUUCAAACAGAGAAUACAACUUCAAAAGAGAAGUGUGGACACAUUGGAUGUAGUUCUUCAAGAGUUCUUAAGAGUGGUAAUGGAACACUCUACAUCAUCGUCAUCAUCAAACAAAGACAAGACAUCGAAUGUGAUGACAGUUGAAGAUAUCCAUCGAGCAAUGAUAGAGCUGAAUCUUGAGUUUCUUCUUCCAAGAGUUGGACUGAGUGUUCAUCAAAGUACUGAAGAGGAUGCCUCUCAUGUUAUUAAUCCGAUGUUCUAUGAAGACUAA